UGCAAAGGGUGCGGUACUUUCGGAAAAGUUACGCAGAGGGACUUCCAUCACGUGAUAAAAAGUGACCUAUCACAGUACCCUACGGGGCAGGUAUAUAACAAGUGGAUAAUUGUAAUCGUCGUACAACGCACGAGGGACAGGUUGCCCAGAGUCAAGGAUAAACUUCCAGAUUGAACAUGAACGUUGCAACCUGCGUCAUCUGCCUGCUUCUGGCGACAGCCGUUAUUGCCCAAGAUUGCGGCUCGAAGGGACCUCGGUCGAAAACUGGUGGAGAGUGGCCUUGGCUGGCUUCCAUCGUGGAGUUCUCAUCUGGCAGGACGCCCAGCUUCCUUUGUGCAGGAAUCCUCAUCAGCAGGAGCCACGUUCUUACAGCAUCGCACUGCUUCGAUGGAAAGCCACUGAGCCCUCGGCGAUACGCGGUGCUAUUGGGCGGUGCAUCGUCCGACACUGGCGCAGAGCACAACAUUUUCUUCAUCACCCGCCAUCCGUCGUACGUUCGUGGAAAGGCGUACGGCGACAUUGCUGUCCUCACACUCCGGGAGGAUGUACCAGAGAGCACCUCCUUCAUAUGCUUGCCGAAAGCUGGUCAAGCAUAUGAAUACAAGCCAUCCUUCGUGUCUGAAUUCCUGCCCAAAAAACUAGGAGCUAGCGACCCGUUCGCGCCCAGGUCAUCGAGAGUACUGAUCGGAGCAAACAAUGACUGCCAGAGUCACUACAACGGGAAGGGAGUCACUGAGAUCGACCAGGGAAUCACAGACUCUAUACUGUGCUCUGACCUUCGUGGGAAACAGGGAGAGUGCGACAGACUUACUGCAUCUCCACUCAUGGUACCAGACACUAGUGUGCGCUGGUCUGUCGUUGGAAUUGCAGCGCAUCGUCCAAGUUGUCUAGACCAGACAAACCCUGGAAUCUACACACGUGUCACCUACUACCUGCCUUGGAUUCAAGAUGUCAUGAAUAGUUGAACGGGGGAAGUGCCACGAUAACCUAAUGUAACACAUUUUUCUGGCGAGAACGACACACUCAUCAAAGGAUGUGACUGUGAAUGUCACCAGAAAGAGACUGAAGAUGCCCCCCAACCAAGAGGAUAGUCAUCACGAAGUACGGUUGUUGUUUACACAGAGACUGCUAAGCAAUCGAAUACGUUGUUUCGAUGAAGUGCAUGCCUUGAUGGCGUCUUAUGAAUGUGAAGCCAAAAUUCUUUAUUAUCAUGCAAUAAGCUUUUAUGAUGUAACAUUGUUAUGGAAGUCUGCCGAGGAAUGGCGAAUAAAGAGAACUGUUCGGCUCUACA